UGUUUUGUUCAAUUCAUUGUAGACUGAAAUCAUCCUGUCAGCAGGAACAGAGAGGCAGGGUUAAUCUGUCUGUGCUGUUGCUCAGUAGUAAGGGGGUUAAUCUGGCUUAUGAUGGUAAUUAUAAUGAUGGUGUACUGUCUGUAGAGAGGAAAAAAAAGAGAAAGGGCCUGGCAAAGCCUACUAGCCUGCUCAGUGGGAGGAGCCAGAGUGCUAGUGGGAUCCUUCUGCUGACCUUGGAGUGAGCCGGGAAGAGGGAAAAAUAGACAGAGGGAGAGAGAGAGAGAGAGAGAGUGAGUGUGUGAACUACGCUCUGCUGCUAAAUGUGAGUACGGAGUGUCUCAACUCUCUGUGGCAGCCAGCAGCAAAUGACAAAUCCAGGAACGUGCACAAGGACUGAGACUGACAGACACAACUUCCAGUUUGCUGUCUGAUUGUGUGAAUGAUGUCAUCCUUAAGGAGGGAUUUGGGUUGUUUGUCUACCUCACACUUAGUUACCAAAUCACAUGAGAUUCUAUCCUGGUAACCAUGACAACCCUUGCUGGUCCAGGCUCCAUCGUGCUGGGGUAAAGAACAAGAGAUCCAGCUACAAGGGCACUCCAGAAAACGAAUUCUGCUCAUUGUGGCUGUUUUGUUAUAGUUGUAUAGUUAUACCAGAUAAAGAAAACCACCUUGAUGGAAGAGGAGCAGAAGGACUGUGAUGCUGGGAGGCAGAAGCUGAAACUUUGUGAGCCAGUGUGAUUGAAGGGAAGGCAGAGACCACCAGGUCGUGCCCCCACAGAAGUGUAGCAGGACUCCCUUGCCAUGGGUGACAGUGGCGGGGGAGGAGAUAAGAUUAACGAGGCACAUGUCCUCUUUGAUCGCUUUGUCCAGGCCUCCACUUGUAAAGGAACUCUCAAAGCAUUUCAAGAGUUAUGUGACUAUCUGGAAUUAAAACCUAGUGACUAUCGAGUAUUUUACCAAAAACUGAAAUCUAAGCUCAACUACUGGAAGGCAAAGGCUUUAUGGGCCAAACUUGACAAGAGAGCCAGCCACAAGGACUACAAGAAGGGGCGGGCGUGUGCCAAUUCUAAGUGUCUCAUUAUUGGAGCUGGACCAUGUGGCCUUCGAACGGCCAUUGAACUGUCUUUUCUUGGAGCAAAAGUUGUCAUUGUUGAAAAAAGGGAUGCAUUCUCCCGAAACAAUGUUUUACACUUAUGGCCCUUUACCAUUCAAGAUUUACGAGGACUUGGUGCAAAGAAAUUCUAUGGAAAAUUUUGUGCUGGUUCCAUUGACCAUAUCAGUAUCCGGCAACUUCAGCUGAUGCUAUUGAAAGUGGCUUUAAUUCUUGGAAUAGAGAUCCAUGUUAAUGUUGAGUUCUGUAGCCUCAUUGAACCUCCUGAGGAUCAAGAAAAUGAAAGGAUAGGAUGGAGGGCUGAAGUACAUCCUAGAACACAUCCUGUUUCUGAACUUGAGUUUGACGUCAUCAUUGGUGCUGAUGGGAGGAGGAAUACCCUGCCAGGUUUCCGUCGAAAGGAAUUUCGUGGAAAACUUGCAAUUGCUAUUACAGCCAACUUUAUCAAUCGCAACACUACAGCUGAGGCUAAAGUUGAGGAGAUCAGUGGUGUGGCCUUCAUCUUUAAUCAGAAAUUUUUCCAAGAUCUCCGUGAAGCCACUGGCAUUGAUUUGGAAAACAUUGUCUACUAUAAAGAUGACACACACUAUUUUGUGAUGACUGCAAAAAAACAAAGCUUACUGGAGAAAGGAGUGAUACUGCACGACUUUGCUGACACUGAGUUGUUACUUUCUCGUGCAAAUGUUGAUCAAGAAGCACUUUUGAACUAUGCCUGUGAAGCUGCUGACUUUUCUACCAACCAUCAGCUCCCCAAGCUUGAGUUUGCAAUUAACCAUUAUGGACAACCUGAUGUGGCCAUGUUUGACUUCACAUGCAUGUAUGCUUCAGAAAAUGCGGCCUUGGUACGAGAGAGGAAUGGCCAUCGGCUUCUUGUUGCCCUUGUUGGGGACAGUUUGCUGGAGCCUUUUUGGCCAAUGGGUACUGGUAUUGCUCGUGGUUUUUUGGCAGCCAUGGACUCUGCAUGGAUGGUGCGCAGCUGGGCACAAGGAAACUCGCCUCUAGAAGUUUUGGCAGAAAGGGAAAGUAUUUACCGACUGCUUCCUCAGACCACUCCAGAGAAUGUUAACAAAAAUUUCAGCCAGUUCAGUGUUGACCCUACUACAAGAUACCCAAACAUCAGCCUUAACUUUUUAAGACCCAACCAGGUGAAGCACCUUAUUGACACUGGUGAUUCUAAAGAUAUUCGUGUGGAAAUGGAAAAUGCAGUGAAUUCCCGAACACCGAAACUGUUAAGAAAUGAAUCUGUAGCUCGUUCCAGCAAACUGUUAAACUGGUGCCAACGACAAACAGAGGGAUACAGGAGUGUGAAUGUAACUGAUCUUACAAUGUCCUGGAAAAGUGGACUUGCAUUAUGUGCAAUCAUACACCGUUACCGUCCAGACCUCAUUGACUUUGACUCCCUGGAGGAGCAUAAUAUGGAGAACAAUAAUCAGCUGGCCUUUGAUUUAGCAGAAAGGGAGUUUGGAAUCUCACCUAUUAUGACAGGGAAGGAGAUGGCUUCUGUUGGUGAACCUGAUAAGCUGUCUAUGGUCAUGUAUCUCACUCAGUUUUAUGAGAUGUUUAAGGAUACAGUUCCACCGGGUGAUAAUCAUAAUUUGAGUCCAGAAGACAAGGCAGCCUGGAUAUCCAAUACCAAGUCUCCUAUUUCCUUUUUAAGCAAACUUGGACAAAGUAUCUCCAGAAAGAGGAAUCCAAAGGACAAAAAAGACAAGGAGGUUGAUGGAUCAGGUAAACGCAGAAAGACAAGUCAGUCAGAAGAUGAGGAAGUCUCUCGUAGCUGCCAUGAUGAAAGGCCAACUCUUGUUAGUGCACUUACUGAGCGGAGAAUUGAUGCCUCAAUAGGAAAUCAAAACAAAGUAAAGUCUAUGGCAACGCAACUUUUGGCUAAGUUUGAGGAGAAUGCACCUGCACAGUCUACUGGAGUUAAAAGACAGGAGCAUUUGCUGACUCAUCCCUCUCUCCGACCAAAAGAGCAGGCCCGACUUGCACCUAUUCCACAGUGGAGACAGGCCAGAGGUGAGAAAUGCUCUCGAACCUGCCCAAAGAAAAUCAUUGUGCUCUCCUCCACAUCUGCUUCCACUUCAUUGCUCUCACUUCCUCUGCAGGAAGAGGUUUCAGCAGUUGAUUCUAAACAUCCAGAGAAGAGUUUUGUCAGAGACCGGAACAAGCCUUCACAAUCCUUCUUUUUAGAUCAGUGGAAUCUCUCCCUCAGCCUUCGCUCCAACAGACACCAAGAUGUACCUUCCUCUGACUCUCUCAGACAGAGGUAUUUAAAGAUGUACACAGGGGGAGUGAGCUCAUUGGCUGAGCAGAUAGCCAAUCAGCUUCAAAAGAAAGAUCAUCCCAGACCCCUUCUAAACAAGAAGGAAUUGGGUUCAUUUCGCAAAGAGUUUCCACAGAACAUUGGUGGAAGUGAUGUGUGCUAUUUUUGCCGGAGAAGAGUUUAUGUAAUGGAGAGGCUCAGUGCUGAGGGUAAAUUUUUUCACAGAAGUUGCUUUAAAUGUGACUACUGCGGCACAACGUUAAGGCUUUCCUCUUACGCAUUUGAUGUGGAAGAUGGGAAGUUCUAUUGCAAGCCUCAUUAUUGUUAUCGCAUUUCUGGAUAUGCACAACGGAAGAGGCCAGCUGUAACCCCACUCACUGCCAAGGAGAACAAAGUCACCCAACCUGAGCCUGUAUCAAUUGAUCAUUCAGGAAGGGCAAGUUCUACAGCCACUUCGGAGAAAAAAACAGCUGUUGAUGUGAAUGGCAUAGAAGAGCCCAGCCUAGCAAAACGUGUGAAAGGUACACCAGAACGCAUUGAGCUGGAGAAUUACCGCCUCUCCCUGCAACGAGAGGAAGAGCUUGAGGAGGUCCCUGAAGAGACUCUAGCUGAACACAACUUAAGUAGCGUGCUAGACAAAGUUACAGAUGUUGAUGAGGUCUCAAGCAGCUCUGACUCUGAAAUGGAGGAAAAUGAGCCAGAGGGUGAUGGAGAAGCAGUAUCUCAUCCAACUUCUGACCUGGGUGGUGUUCCUUGGAAGCAGGCUGUUCAUUUUCAUGCACAACUCAAGGGUCAAAGUGAAAUAGAGGUUGCAGCAGAAGAAUCGUGUCUCAAGGAAGAUGAACAGGAGGAAGAGGAAGAAGAAGAGGAAGAAGAAGAAGAAGAAGAGGAGGAAGAAUCUAGUGAAGAGGGAGAAUAUUACCCUUGGGACAGGGAACUGCAGUUAGGGCUCUGGCUAGACCAUCUCAAAGAUGAAGAGGACACGGGUACAUUUAAAGCUGGGAAUCUUCGCAUUCAGCAAGCUGUUCAACCUAUAGAUCCACUAGAAAUACAAGCAGAUGUUCAUUGGACACAUAUUCACACUGAAAAAGAUGAAACAGGAGCAGCAACUACACAGUCCUCUGCUUUUGCAGCACCAGUCAUUCCAUCAGUCCGCCAUGAGGCAGUACGAGCCUGGCUGGAGACCAUACCUGGAGCUCAGAAUGAAAAUAGUGACUUGGAAGCAGAAGCAGCACCUGGAAUGGAAGGUGCUGAUAGUAAAGAUGAUUUUUUUGCUGACAUCGAGGAGGAUGACAUUCCAUCAGAUGCGGAAGCUGAGGCUCGUCUACAUCGACGUGAAGGGGCAGAUGAACUGCCAGAGGAUCAGGAUCAAUCUGAGAGCAACGAGAGGGUAUCUAGUCUAGUGCCAUCAUCAGUUAGCCCCCUUCAUUCUGCCAGUGAUGUAGUGUUGCCUCCUUUAACAAUUACAGAAGACGAAGGACCUGAGAGAGAGAUCAUAAUUUCUCCAAAAGUGGCACUGCAGUCUCCAGAGUCUCAUUUUUUCCCAGAGAUUUACCUAUCUGAAGACAGCAUAGAAAGAAAAACCUGUCAGGAUAUUCCAGGAACUUUACAGGGUAUUCCUGUUCACCCUAUUUGUUCCCAACCAGUUCCACUCCCUGAAGCUAUUACAGUCAGCUCUCCUGUUAAGAUGCAAUCUAUACCAUGUUCUCCUGCAACCAGUCCUAUUUCUGUACCAAUUUGUUCACAACCUUUGCCUUCUCCAGAAGCUUCCUCUAGUGUUUCACCUAAAUCACCAGUUAGAACUCAACCGGUACCAGCAGCAACCUCAACUCCUUUGAUCAAGUCAUCUGUGGAAACUGAGGCUACAUCUAAGUUCUUUACUCCAUUAGAAGAAGAAUCCACUAAAAGAUCAGAUAUUAUAGAGGAGUUCUGGCUGAAGAGUGCAGAAAUUCGAAAAAGCUUAGGUCUUACUCCUUUAGAUAGAAGCAAAGGUCCAGAGCAAGUGUAUGUACAUUCCAAUUCUGAAUUUUCAUCCACCCCUGUAAAAGAUCAUCUCUCAGUAGAACCGAAGUGGUACGCCAGCCAACCACGGCCAGCAACUUCAAGAGUAAGUAGUGUUCUCCUUGAAAAACAACUGCCUUCAGCAUUGAUUUUAAAAAUUUCUGGUGACAAAGAUUCAAAAGGCAUUGAUUCAGAGAAAAAAGAUAUUAGCAGUAGUUCAGGUCUUGGCUUAAAUGGUAGCACAGCCAAUACACAAACAAUGACAAGUGAAAGCUUUAACACAUCAGAGUCUACAAUGCUUACACCACCAUCAAGCCCACCACCACCCCCACCAGAAAAUGAGGAGCCAGCAACAUUAAGAGUCAAAAAACACCAGGCUAGCUGGAACAAUGCACAAGAGAAAAGUUCUAUACCUGCAACAGUUCCAGACCAACUUUCCAAACCAUCCCCACUCCAUUGUUGUAAAGAAACUAUCAAGGUACUGAGCCAAAGAACACAACAAGAAUUGCGAAAGUCCUUUGUGGAGAGUGUGGAUGAAAUCCCAUUUGCAGAUGAUGUUGAAGACACAUAUGAUGACAGGACGCCGGAUAGUAGCCUUCAGGAAAAGUUUUAUACACCUCCAACGAGCCGAAACAAACACAGCAAAGAAAAGCUGCCACUGCAGCUCUCCUUAACUAUGGAGAAUGGUACACCCAGAGCUGGGGAAGCUGUAUCAGUGAAACAGAGAGUUUUACCACAAAUAUCUCCAGAAGCCAAGGAGAUUGCUGAAGAGAGGAUGAAAGUACAUGAAAAGUCUGUAAAGAGCCAAGCUUUAAAAGAUGCUAUGGCAAAACAGCGUACAAGAAUGAAAGAAACAGGUGGUUCCAAAGGGGCUCCAGCUAAAGCUGGCUGGAAUGUUUCUUUAGAGUCAUCAACACCCAGACUUUCACCCUUGGUACAUGGUUCUGCAAAAGUACCAUCUGGGAAAACCUCAGAAUCCACUAAGCAUGGGACACUACCUGAAAAAUUUCUGUCACUUCCAGGUGAUCAUAGUUUGGAGGGCUCUGCUGCAUCCUCUGAUGGAUCUGCAGGAGGAAAGAGUAAAAAAAGGUCCUCUUUAUUCUCCCCUCGAAAAAACAAAAAAGACAAAAAGUCAAAAAAUGAAAGUAAACCUUCUGACAGGCUUAGUUCAGAGGAAACUGCCAAAUCCAAAUCUCUCUGGAAAUCUGUAUUUUCUGGGUACAAGAAAGAAAAGAAGAAGAAGGAUGAAAAAUACUGUCCAAGCACUCCAUCUAGUGUCUCCACUGUGGAUUCAGCAAAGAAAGGGGCUUCUCCAAUAAUAAAAGCAGCAGACCUUCACUUACGUAGAUACUUGAGUUUCUCUGAAGACUCUGAUCUCUCCUGUGAUGAUGUUUUGGAAAGAUCUUCUCAGAAAUCUAAAACAGAGAGGUUGCAUGACAUAUUUGACCUUGUCUCAGACAUGCAAAGGAAAAAUGAGGAGUCAAUUUAUGUUCCUCACGCCUUGGCAUUCAAGAGAUCAUACGCAUCAAAGAAAACAUAUACUGAAGAAGAGCUGAGUGCCAAGUUAACUAGGAGAGUUCAGAAAGCUGCUCGUAGACAAGCAAAACAAGAAGAGCUAAAACGUCUGCACAGGGCUCAGAUUAUCCAAAGACAGCUGGAGCAGGUGGAAGAGAAGCAGAGGCAGCUAGAGGAGCGAGGAGUAGCUGUGGAGAAAGCAUUACGAGGAGAAGCAGACUAUUGGGGAGAAUCUAAUUACAGUGAAAUCAUCGACUUGCACCUGGGUGUUGAACUUAAUGUUGGGACUCCUCGCCGAAGACCUAUCUCCUUCUGCCCUUGCUGCACCCAUGAAGGAAUGGGCAAGAAAGAUGAUCCCAAGCUUAUGCAAGAGUGGUUUAAGCUGGUCCAAGAGAAAAAUGCCUUAGUCAGAUACGAAUCUGAGCUGAUGAUUUUUGCCCGAGAGCUGGAGCUGGAAGAUCGACAAAGCAGACUACAACAGGAGUUACGAGAACGUAUGGCCAUUGAAGACCACUUGAAGACAGAAGAAGAACUUGCAGAAGAAAAGCGUAUUCUCAGUGAAAUGCUUGAUGUAGUUGAACAGCGGGACUCCCUUGUAGCCCUUUUGGAAGAGCAAAGACUUAGAGAGAAAGAGGAGGACAAAGAUUUGGAGGCAGUCAUGCUUUCUAAAGGCUUCAACUUGAAUUGGUCUUGAGUCUUAUUUAUUUACAGGAAAAAUAUGUGACUAGUGAAACCACAAAGUUGUUUACCUAAAUGUGCAACUGGUGGAAUUAGACGUAUCCAUCGCUGGACCUACUGUGGAGGAAUUAAAUAUGCUGCAAAUUUGCCUGCCUGUUUAUCUUUCGUACAUCUUAUUAUUUGGACUGCAAAAAUAUGAAGAGUUCCCUAUUCGAGGUUUUCUUUUGAAUUUAAUAAGAACAGUAAUGCUGUCUUACUGAUAAGCAACAUUUAGAAAUUGGUUCAUUUGUUAGUAAGAAGAAAACAUGAUUUCAUGACAGAACUGAACAUCCUUUUAAUUGUGAAAUAUCAUCUUUGUGCACUCCUGACCAUCUCAUUGUUUUUAUUUGACUUAAUUAUCUAUUCUUUGACUCUGAAUUUCCACUGUAUAAAUGAAACAACAUCUGCAUGAGCAGUUCCCUCAAGCCUACAGUGUAAUGGGAAGCUUCUGUAGCCUCCUAAGUUUUUGCACAAAUUUCCCUUUAUUUUUGCAGAAUACUAUUUGAAAUAUAUUUUAAAUUCAUUUCUAUUUAUUAUUUUAUAGAUCAGAACAAAACUGUGGACUUCUGCAAUGUGUCAAAAUGUUUCACUCUACCUAUGAAGACCUUUAAGAAGAAAUUUUUAAGAUGCUCUGUUCUAGUGUUCACAUUUUUAUUUCUUUUCGGUCUCCCCUUUGUAUACUUCAGCCUACCUAAUAUUUCACUAAUUUGCAACAAAAAUAGUAAGUCUUAUCAUGGUACUAUUCUGGUUUUUAUUUUAUUUUAUGCGGAUUCUCUCCUGCAUGUCAAAUUUAUGUCAUGUUUUGUUCUAACUACUUGGAGGCUUUAUUUCACUCUUGCUACACUUUGGGUGACUGGCUAAGUUAUUUGUUUUACUGGUUUAUCAGUUUUGCAUUUUAUAUAAAUCAAUUGUUAAAGUACCAACAAAAAAUGUGUAUAACAUAAAAUUCAAUCAUGCCUCCCUUAAAAUCAGUAUUAUUUUAGGAUGCAUAUUUCUGAAAAAGAGAGCAUGGUGUGUUUAAAGUAAAAAAAAUAACAAUAUAAUAUGUGUGGCUGUUUAUAUUUGUGAGUUUGUGAAUAAUAAGUUGAAUAGUGUACUAUAAAGGUUACACAUGUAUCUCGCUGUAUACCAGAUGAAAUAUAUUUCAGGCAAUGGAUGCAGUCAGGCUCUAAAUGGGGCAUCUCUUGCAUCUUUAACUGCUGCUGAUCAAAAGCUAGAUUGGUGAGUGGAAUGAUACAGUGAAAUCCCAUGCUGUUUGGCACUGUCUUGAAGAAAUAUUUUAUAUUGCAGAAGGUCAAAAUCCACACUCACUUGUACAUUGUGAAUAUGUGUAUAAUUUGUUUAUUUAAAUAUAUUCAGUAUAUUUAUAUGGGUAUACAUAUAUAUUCCAUCUACUCAAAUUAAGGUUUAAUUCAAUUCAGACACUGGUACUGUGUACCUUACUGAUAAAUUAAUUUUUCUGGAUAAUUUUUCAUACCCUGUCUUGUUGAUUCCAUCAAAUUUCUCUAAUCUUUUCUGAUUUCUAUACUUGUUCCAGCUAUAAGCAGUGGGCAUAAUGUAUGAGCAUUGCAACAAAAAUGGCUAAGAAGUCAAAUCUGUCUCGAUAAUUACAGAUCCUUUCCCAUGAAUCAUCAUAUUCAUUCUUUGAGCAACUUCAUUUUGUUAUUAUGAAUAACUUUUUUUUCCUUUUUUAUUGCUUUCAAUUUACUGUUUAAAAAAGAUAUUGUAUGCUUUUUUAUUCUGGAUGUUGCAGUACUUGAAUCUUAUAUAUUAUAAUUGUAUCUGUGUUUCAACUUCAGCUGUGAAUUUCAGCAUAACUAAAACAUGCUGAAACUCCCGAAAGAUUGACUCAGGCAUGAUAAAUAGUUGCAGUUACCUGUUUCUGGUGACCCAUUGUGGAAAUACAAUAGUUUUGUGAGUGUGAAUUGACUGCAAAGCAUUCAGGUAGUUGCCUUGAUAUACAGAAAUCUUGAUCAAUAGGCACACCUCCUGGAGUGAUUUUUAACACAUACCAUAUAUUCAGCUUAGUCUUGACAAUAGGAGGAAUAUUUUCACAAAUAUACAAAAUUUUAUAAAUUUGUGUUGUACCAAAUGACACCGUUUAAUUGGGGGCAAAAAUCCAUCUUCAAGUUUUAAAGUACAUUUUUAGUAGCUUAUUUGGUUUAUGAUUAUUUGGAAUUUGUGUGAUACUUCUUUGUAGCAUACUAUUUAUUAACAUUUGUGAAAAAUGUAUUAUAUGUAAACAAAAAUUUCAUAAUUUAAUAUUUUUGUUCCUUUGUUGGAAGCCUGACUGAACUUGCAUUAUGUAUCUUAUUUGCAUUAAAACAUUUUGAGAAAGGCAAUUGAAGUUGGCAAUAAAAUAAUUGUCACAGUUUUACAAAACAAAAUUUGAAUUAAAUAUGUACCUUCAAUUCACAA